AUGCCCGGCCUUGUCAACUUCUUUCUCUGCCUCAUCCGUGAGGACGGCCGCCGUCGCCGUUUUGCGGCCCGUGGCUGGCACUGCACAGUCUCCGCCGAGUCGGACGACAAGGUCACCAGGCAGCUGGCCGCGGCCCUCGACGUGGCCUCCGCGCCCCUGGACACGGCCAUCGCGCCGCUGCACGCUGCGACCACGCCCCAACGGUGGCCGGCUCCGCCCAGGCAGGAGAUGGCAUCCCCGGGCCCGUGCUCACGGCUCCAACACGGAUUCCGCCUCCGCCUCCAGCACUGGUCGACGAGCCCGGCUUCUUCGUCUUCGUGCCGUUCCCAAACGGCGCCGGAGGGACGACCCAAGCCGCUGGCCCGACGCCGGUCGCGCAGCCCGGAGACGCGGACGCCGGCCCGUGUCGCAGCGCCGCCGGGUCUCCGCGUGUCUCCGCCUCCGUGCCGAACGAGGCACCACCGUCCCCACGCACGGUCGCCCGACCGCACCGCCAGGACUCCGCGAGCAUGGAGGGACGCCGCCGCCUCUUCGGUCGCGCCAUCGCCGCCAUCGACCGCCGCCCUAGUCGUCGCUCCGGUUUCGCCCCCGAUCUACCCAACGGCGCCAGUGCAGGCGCCAUCGACGUCUCCUCAUCCGAGGAAGAUGGAGGCGCGCCAGCGAGCCGCCCGUGAGCAGCGGCGUAUGCGGCGGCGGCACCCAGGCGUGGAUUUGGUCAGAAGGAUUGGGGGAUCGCUCCCCUAA